AUGGAAGGAGUAGGAGGUAGGUUAGGUAGAUCGUCGAGUCGUUACAGUGGACCGGCAACGGUAUUCACAGGUCCGGUAAGGAAGUGGAAGAAGAAGUGGGUUCACGUCUCUCCCUCCUCCAAGAAACAACACACCACCACCUCUUCCGUCAUUAACGGUGCUUCUGCUUCCGAUGGAUCAUCCCAUUUGUUGUUCUUUAAGUGGGCUCCAUUGUCUCAGAGCAACGGCAACGGAAACGGGAAUGAUGAUCGUAAAAGCGAGUCUAAUUCUCCGGGCGAGGAUCCUGUGACGGCGGAAGCGGCAGAAGAAGAGCCUCCACGGCGCAGAUUCAAAUACGUGCCGAUCGCAGUACUUGAGGAGCAGAAGAGGGAAGCUACAGAAACUGAGGAAGACGACAAGGUUGAGGAAGAGGAUGCAACUGCAGUGGAGCCAAGCGAGGAGAAGAAAGCACAAGUUGAGGAGAAACCUGACAUGAAUGAUCUUCCCAUGGAAGAUAAUCAGCAGGAGGAAGAAAAAAUAGUGAGACAAGAUCUCAACGAAAGCACUACGGAUUCAGGACUCAAUCUAAAUGCAAACGAUGCAGAUUCUGAAAACAAUCCAGAAGAGACCGAGCCAUUAGAAGAGUGAUAAACUGGCACCAUCAGGGUUUGGAUUAUCGUAAUUGUUAACUUUCACUUUCCUCAUGAAUUAGAAGAGACAAUACAGAGAGAAGAAAGCAUUUGUUAGAGAUGGUCUGUGUACGUCCAUGGCUUCUUCCUUUUUCUUCUUUGAUGACUCAGACUCAAUUGAUUCAGAACUCAACAUUCAAUUCUUAAAGGAUUCUUCUUUUUUCUUUGUCUGGAUUUUAAUUUGAUUAAGCAUUCACAUCCUCACAGGGUUUUCAUUAUGACUGUUUUCCACUUUGAAAGCAUAUGA